AUGCGGUGCUUACGCUUUGCAGAUGGCCCCUGGAAGCCGUGCUCGUGUGCUUGCUCGUGUCGAAAGGCGACCACCAAGCGCUCCGCGCAGCGCUCAUCUGUGCUGGCUACUGUCGAUCCAAGCCGCUGGUUGAACCUGUCGAAGAUUAAGGGCGCGCUCUCUAAGUCGAUACAACACUUUCGACCACGGGUAUGGAAAUUGCUUCAGUUUUCAACGCUUGCGUAUGCUGCCGUCGCGGGAGCGACAAGCAUGCUGACUUGGCUCGCCACGCUGCAACCGAGCUUCUCACUCUAUGCGCUCGUUCCGUUUACGUAUCGUGUGCAGCGCCGACUGCACGCGCUAGCCCUCGACCACCCGGACCUGGAGACUAAACAAUCGCAGCCGGCACCUGCCGUCUCAAAGGACGCCUUGGGUGCAGUGCACCGCGCGAAACAAAAGUUUGCGGAUACGGUGCUGAAGCUGCUACUCGAAACACCGGGUAUGCCGCCUGAUCUGCAGGUUCAGGUCCAUGUGGAGCGCGUACCUGCGAAACCGGCUUACCCAAACGAGCCCGAAUUUGUAUUUGCCAUCGACGACGGGCCGCUUUUCCAGACUCGCUGCGUCCAGCGCAUAGCUGGACCGGUAUCGUCCGAGACCGAGAACCCCUCUUCGUUUGACGUGUACGUCUCAGCCGAAAUGGAGCCUGCACUCAUUCCCGCGGCAUUGUCGCAUGCUUUGGCGCAUGGCGUGGCAAAUCAUGCGGCUGAGGCACUUAGUGCGCUCUUUUAUGGUGCAGUCCCGUUGAGCGCCUGGCGUCCAAGAUGUCUUGUGAACAUGAUAGCACCUGCUUCGCUGGCUGCUCGCUGGGGAGGCGGCACAGCCGUCGCUGCCCACUGGGUCGUCGACACCUUGCAGCGCUUCCGCGCGCCCCUUGUGGCGUUGUGCAUGCGACCUGUGCAGCGGCGUAACGAAUUCGAGGCCGACUUGAUCGCUGCAACGAUACUAGCUCGUAUCGGCCUUGAUCCUGCGAGCAUGCUGGAGCUUCUGCGACACGCCGAGGCCGGUACGACGCUGCGGCUCACCAGCGAUGACAAUGGCGGCCGUCAUGCGGUGCACGCUGCAACCUGGAACCGUGACGCGCUGCCCUGGGCUCGCUAUCCUUCCAUUCAACGUCGCCGGCGUUCUCUGGAGCCACACAUGGAACGUCUCAAGCGACUUGAAGCAUUGGUUCAGAAAAGCGAGGGUGCACGAAAUCGUCGCAUUGCUGUCCUACGAGACCAGGUGCAGCGGGAGCUGGCUCGUUUCGAGCGUUCAUCACGUUCGGCUCCGCAGGCUUCGACCGAACAGGGGCGUGUCUCAGAGCGGCGCAGUGCUGUUUCGGGAGACGCAAGUCCUGCAUGGGGUUCAUCCGCACAGGCGCGGUAG